GAAUUUCACAACAAUGAGAAUCAAACAAAUUAAGCCUCAAACCAAAAGAUUUUGCAAUAUCAACAUUCCUCCUAUUUUGGCUUGGCCUCUCUAAGGAAUCUCUCACCUAUUCUUUAUUUGGUCCCCAUGAUCAUCCAUUAAUAGUCCUCCCAACCUCCUCCCUAUCUCGUCACUAUCCUCCACAAAUCACCACUCAAUAGACUCCACCUCUCUUUCAUCACCAACAAUUUAGAGAGAGAGAGAGAGUCCAUUAUGGCCAAACUCUGGUGUUUUGUGUGUGUAAAUAUACUAUUUACAGUCUUUCAAAUUGCCAAAUCCAAAAAAGAACAAGUAACAACACCCCCAUUGCCAAUUCUUCCAUUACCAUCGUAUUCCCAAUUGAAAUGGCAACAGAGAGAGAUCAUAAUGUUCCUCCACUUUGGUGUCAACACGUUCACGGACUCCGAAUGGGGAACCGGAGAUGAAAGCCCAUCCAUCUUCAACCCCGCGGGACUCAACGCCGGCCAAUGGGCUGACACCGCGGCCCAAGCCGGUGUCUCCCUUAUGAUCCUCACUGCAAAACACCAUGACGGCUUUUGCUUAUGGCCUUCUAAGUACACUGACCACUCCGUCAUAAGAAGUCCGUGGAAAAAUGGCCAUGGCGACGUAGUUCACGAGCUCGUCGACGCUGCAAAAGACCGUGGCAUCGACAUCGGCCUCUACCUCUCGCCGUGGGAUCGCCAUGAUCGAAGAUAUGGGCGUAAUGUGGAGUACAAUGAAUACUAUUUGGCUCAAUUACAAGAGUUACUCAACAAAUAUGGAAGUGUUCAAGAGAUAUGGUUCGAUGGAGCAAAGGGCUCAAAUGCGCCAAACAUGUCCUACUACUUUAGUGAUUGGUUUGCAAUGGUGAAAGAAUUACAGAGCACAAUUAACAUAUUCUCCGACGCCGGUCCGGACGUCCGGUGGGUCGGAGACGAACAGGGUUUUGCCGGAAGCACAUGCUGGUCCACCAUUAACCGGACUUCCCUAUCAAUCGGAAAUGGUAGCAUUGUCAAUUAUCUAAACACCGGUGAUCCGAAAGGGACUGAUUGGCUACCAGCAGAAUGCGACGUUUCGAUCCGAACAGGGUGGUUUUGGCAUAAAUCACAAGCACCAAAGAAGCUAAGUGAGCUACUUGAGAUUUACUACAACUCAGUGGGACGAAACUGCGUGUUGUUACUCAAUGUGCCACCAAACACGACCGGACUAAUAUCCGAAACCGACAUUCAGAGAUUAAGGGAGUUUAGAAGUGCAAUUGACACUAUAUUUGGCGCCAAUUUGGCGGAGAAAUGCUCAAUGAAAGCUAGUAGCCAAAGGGGAGGAAAGAGCGGAGGUUUUGGGCCCGAAAAUGUGCUAGACAGUGACCAUUUGUGGACAUACUGGGCACCAAGUGAUAAGGAUGAGGAGAGCCGUUGGAUUGAAAUAAGGGCGACCAAUGGACCGCUGAGAUUCAACGUGAUCCGGAUUCAGGAAGCGAUCGGGCUAGGGCAGAGGAUCAAACGGCACGAGAUUUAUGUGGACGGUGAUCGAGUUGCGAGUGGGACCACGGUUGGGUACAAGAAGCUCCACAGGCUUGAAAAGGAGGUGAUUCAUGCCUACAGUGUGAGGAUACUAAUCAAGGAGUCACGGGGAUUGCCUUUGCUCUCUUCUGUUGGCCUGCAUUUUGACCCCUUUUGGCACCCAAAUCAGCAGUGACCACCUCAAAAAAUGGUCCACUUACCCAACUAUUUUGCAUUUUUCUUUAAGGCGUGUUUUAAGUUCUCUCUGUUUUACUCUUGCUUAAAGUCAUAAAUCACAGCCAAAAGGUUUAAAAGGCAUGAAGUAAUUGAAGUUUCCUAGAAUUCAUAUGUCGUUUGUGAAACUGUUUAUUUUAUUUUUUAUUUUUUGGUUGUAAAAUAGGGUUGUGGUCCGAAGUAGUACCACAAAUAAUUGAUUGGUUGAACUUUUUAGGGAUUUUUAUUCAGAUUAAGCCAAAAUCUUUAGUUUGAUUGAGUGCCCCUUUGAAGCUGCUUUUUAGAAGUCACUUGUUAUGAAAUAAAGGUCUCAUUCCACUUUUUCCUUAUUA